CUUUAAAUAAUGGACCGGAACAUUUUUAUUUGAGAAAAAUUUUAGGGGUAGGACUAUGCAUUUCUCGUGGUAUAGCUCCGGUGCUAAAUCUAUCAUGUUGUCUUGUAUUAUUACCAAUGUGCCGCUCUAUUAAUACAUUAACACAUACUACAUUAAGUCUAAUCUCAAAGAAAAUUUUAAUUGUAUAUUUAUCAAAAAUUAAAUCGUUUCAUAUAACAUUCGCAACGACUAUUUUAAUUGCUUCAGUUAUUCAUACUUUGGGUCAUAUUGUAAAUGCAUGUAAUUUUUCAAAAUAUUACGAUGAAUUGUAUGAAGAUAUUAAUUGGGCUGAAUAUAAAAACCAGAACCCAAUGGUUUUGGUAUUUAAGACAAUUCCUGGAUCCACUGGCGUGUUAAUGUGUAUAAUAUUAAUAUUAUUAACUAUGACGUCUCUACGAUGUUUUCGACAAUUCCAUUAUAACGUUUUUUGGUACACCCAUAAUUUAUCCAUCAUAUUUUUACUUCUCUUGUUUUUACAUCCAUUAAGUGGAGUUAUCAAACAGCAAAUUAAUUUAACGGAACAUAUUCCUGGAUGUCUACCAUAUGGAACAAUUUUUGUUAACACAUCCACAACAGUGGUUUUAUGCAAAGAGAAACCGAAAUUUCAGAAUGUCAAAUCCAAGGGUUGGAUUUGGAUCAUAAUACCGGUAAUAAUUUAUUGGAUGGAAUUAUGUUUUCGAUUUUAUAAUCGAUACAAAUACGAUCCGAAAAUAUUACGAAUGUAUCGUUUACCAGGACAAACAAUCUAUUUAACAUUAUUGUUUCGUGGAAAUUAUUCUAAUUUUCGCCCAGGACAAUUUAUUUUGUUAAAAUGUGAUCAAUUAUCGAAAUUGGAAUGGCAUCCAUUUAGUAUUAUUUCGUGUGAACAUUCUAGUCAAAAUAAUAAUAAUCAAAUGGUGAUUGGACAUCACAUUUAUAUAAAUUAA